AGUAGCAGAUAACCUGAUCUUCCAACGGGCCCAUGUUGCCCUGAGAUCCUCCUCCUAGAGUCUGCAAGUCUCGGGAGUUUGUUGUUGGUCGGAAACAGAGCAACGAGAGCGACACGGCAAUAGAGUGCACGAGAGAGGGGAAUUGAAUCGAGAGAUGGCCAUGGCAGCGGUGCAGGCGCGGGCCGCGCACGUGGUCUCCGCCCUCGGUGCAUCGGCUGCCUCGUCUGUUCUAUCUUCUGACUCCUCUUCUUCUUGCUCUGUUUCCCUCCCUCCACUUUCGUCGGCUCGGAAUUUGUCGCAGUCUGUUUCUGCUCUGCGCUUGCAAAGAGUGCCUGUAAGGAGGAAUGGAAACAUGCGGCAAUCUGGAGCUGGAUCUCUUCAAUGCAGAGCGAGCGGCCCCCAAGGAGGUUAUGGAGCCUUGUCCCCUGAGAUGAAGGAAGCUCUGGAUGCUUUCAUAGCUGCGAAUAAGGUGGUACUUUUCAUGAAAGGAAACAAAAAUUUCCCACAGUGCGGAUUUUCAAACACAUGUGUUCAAAUCCUUAACCAAUUCGGAGUUCCAUACGAGACCGUCAACAUUUUGGAGGACGAUUCCUUACGUCAGGGAGUGAAGGAAUACUCGAACUGGCCUACUUUCCCUCAACUGUACAUAGAUGGUGAAUUUUUUGGCGGUUGCGAUAUCACCAUCGAGGCCUUUAAAAGCGGGGAGUUGAAGGAGACUUUAGAUAAGGCCAUGCUCUCAUAAGGCUCACAAUAGUGCACCACAUCUUUUUGUAAGGUAUCUUGUUAUAAUAACUGUACUUUAGGGAGAUCCAUAUUAAGCCAGACUGAAUUUUACAUUC